AUGGGGUCCCCCGGCGCGGAGGGCCCGGGGAAGAGCCUGCAGGCCCGCGUGGACCACCUCCUCAGCGCCGUGGACAACGAGCUGCAGGCGGGCAGCGAGAAGGGGGACCCCACCGAGAGGGAGCUGAGGGUCACGCUGCUGGACGGCGAGCUCUGGCUGCGCUUCAAGGAGCUCACCAACGAGAUGAUCGUCACCAAGAACGGCAGGAGGAUGUUCCCGGUGCUGAAGGUCAGCGUGUCCGGCUUGGACCCCAACGCCAUGUACUCCUUCCUGCUGGACUUCGUGGCGGCCGACGCUCACCGCUGGAAAUACGUGAACGGCGAGUGGGUGCCCGGGGGGAAGCCGGAGCCCCAGGCCCCCAGCUGCGUCUACAUCCACCCGGACUCGCCCAAUUUUGGGGCCCACUGGAUGAAGGCGCCCGUGUCCUUCAGCAAAGUCAAACUCACCAAUAAGCUCAACGGCGGGGGCCAGAUCAUGCUCAACUCCUUGCACAAAUACGAGCCUCGGAUCCACAUCGUGAGAGUCGGCAGCCCCCAGCGCAUGAUCACGAGCCACGCCUUCCCGGAAACCCAGUUCAUCGCCGUCACGGCCUACCAGAACGAGGAGAUAACAGCCCUGAAGAUCAAAUACAACCCCUUUGCAAAGGCCUUCCUUGAUGCUAAGGAAAGAAGCGAUCACAAAGACCUGCUGGACGAGGCCACAGACAAUCAGCAGUCUGGGUAUUCGCAAUUAGGUAGCUGGCUCAUUCCCGGAACUGGAGCCCUGUGUCCCGCCACGAGCUCCCACCCUCAGUUUGGAGCCGGAGGCCCUCUGUCGCUUUCCUCCAGCCACGGAUGUGAACGGUAUCCGGCCCUGAGGAACCACCGCUCGGCGCCUUAUCCCAGCCCGUACGCACACCGAAACAGCUCACCCACCUACGGUGACAACUCGUCUGCCUGCCUGUCGAUGCUGCAGCCUCACGAUAACUGGUCCGGCCUGAGCAUGUCCACCCACUCCAGCAUGCUGCCCAUGGCUCACAGCCCGGCCCCUCCUGCCGCUUCUGGGCAGUAUCCCAACCUGUGGUCGGUAAGUAACAGCACCAUCAUGCCGGUGGCCCAGCCGGCGGGGAUGACCACCGGGCUGGGGGCACAGUUCCUCCGCGGCUCCACGACCCACUACCCGCCCCUGCCGCCCGGCGCCUCGGCCCAGGGGUCCCCACUCUACGAGGGGGCCGCCCCCACGGACAUUCCCGACAGCCAGUACGACGCCUCGGCCCACGCCCGUCUGGCCUCGGCCUGGACCCCCGUGACGCCGCCGUCCAUGUGA